AUGGCUUUCCACCUAGCUUUUUCGAAGCCCGAUCUGACAGCUGACAGUGAAGUGAAAUUCAUCUCCUUCGUUGGUUUGGCUGUGCUGAUUCUGAUGGGCUUCCUGGGGUAUGCCCUGCACUGCCUGCUGCGGCAACGGCCCAGCAUGCGCUUGUGUGUUCUGGGCUUGAGCGGUUUGCCAAUGAUCAUCGGACCGCUUCUGGUGCUUCACUUCUUUGGACCACUGAGAUCCAAGCUGGCGCACUUUGCCUUGUCCUUCUUCGGUGUCGUGGCAGGUUUUCGAUGGCUGGAGUUGAUGUUGGGCACUGGACCCAAAGGCUUCGACAAAUCCGUCAAGAACUUUGUGAUCUAUUUCGCCUCCCCGGCGGAAGUUCUCUUCGACUCUGGGCAGCUGCAAGCGUCCAAGGAUGGCCUGGUCUCAGAAUUGUUGCUGAGGAUCGCAAAGCAUAUGCUGAUUGGCACCAUUGCCCUUAGUCUGGGCAAAGCCACGGAUUUCGCUCCCUUCCUAGACGGCCAGGAUCCACUCACGAUGCCCCUCCUUGGCUUCCCAGUGGCCCUUCCGGCGGUGUAUUUGCUAACAGUCUAUGUUUAUUGCACUUUGGCCACCGCCAUGCUGAUGCACCGGCUGCUGCCAGCCUUUCUGGGUAUCGCCUCAGUGGAUUCCAUGCAGACGCCUCUGCUGCUGUCCACGUCCCUGCGGGAUUUCUGGGGUCGACGUUGGAAUUUGGUGGUGCACCGACUGAUGAAGCGGACCUUCUUUGUGCCGCUCGUAGGUCGAAGUCCACAUUUAGCCGGGCUGCUGGCGUUCAUGAUGUCAGGACUCUUCCAUGAAUACAUGUGGCUGGCAGUGAACUGGAAUCAGCGGGAUGCCUAUGUGCCAGGGCUGAGUCUUCUCUUCUUUUUCCUCCAGUUCCUGCUGUGCGGUGUGGAGUCGGCCCUGAGUUUGACCCCACUGGGCUUGCAGCUGAGCAAACUGCCUCAGCCGCUUCGCACCGUGCUCACCAGCUUAGUGGUUCUGCCCCUUGGACCUCUCUUCCUUCAGGGCAUUAGCUCUAUGGGGGUUGAGGCUGCGGACCAAGGCCAAACAGUCAGCUUGGUCAUGGGCGAUGCUCCCGGAGGUGUCGUCUCGGGCUCACCACCCCUCGACUGGGUGAUGUGUGGAUUAGUUGGCCUGGUGGCGGGCGCACGUGGCCUCUACUUGCGGCCCAGACCAGCAGUGAAGAUCUCAAAGAGCACAGUGGUGGCAGUGUUGCCCACCUGUGAGGGGGCGUGA